AUGUAUUCCUUGGCUACGGCUGGAUCAGCUGCCGCAGCACCGACGAUUUCCACCAGGUCUUUCCUCUCAUCGGGCUGGUAUUCGUAUAAUCCAAUGAGUACCGAAAGCUUGACAUCGAAACUUCUACUUAAUGCAAAUACAAGCAAUAGUCCAUCGACAACGCCAACGUCAUCAUCGCCAGUUACAGUCAAUGGUACUGAUCAUCAUCAUCAUCAACAACAACAAAUGAACGGCAAUGGAAAUGGAAUUCUUAAUGAUGGAAAAUUACCAAUAAAUUCUUAUCAAAACGGUGUACUUCCUGAUCUUCAGGCUACAUUCCAAGGUUCAUCAUGGAGCAAUGGUAUUGACCCACUGAGUGGUGCUUCCGGUGAUCACCCAUUUGAUGUACACAAUAGUGGUCGAAUGUUCUCGCCACAGACGACAACGCCGCCACCACCACCACUUAUGGCCAUGCAGCAGCAGCAGCAACAACAACAACAACUGUCUUAUCAACAAGCAAUACAGAGGAGACCGAUAACAGCUUCACAUAAUUUUUCAAAUCAAACACUUCGCAAUGGUAUUUCAGCUCCACCGACUCAAGCAGCUCCAUCGCUAAAUGGACGUGGGGCAAUACCAUCUCCACUGUGGAACAGUCAAUAUCCACAAACGAAUCUCUCGAUGCCGCCAUCGCAUAUGCAUCAACAACAACCACCAUCACCUUCAUGGAAUAACACAUCAAUUCCGCAUGGGUUUCCAGCAACAUCGUCUCGUCGCCCAGUGCCAUCAUUAACAAAUCCAAUUGGAAACGGUAGUGCAACAGCAAAUAAUUUGAGUCAAAACUUGAUGCUUGGUAAUGGUAAUCAUCCAAUGUCUCAAACAAAGAAAACUUCAUCAUUAAAUGCGCAAAAUAAUUUCUUUCCAUUUCUCCCAGCGUCGUCAACAUCAAUAACAAAUCAAAAUAAGUACAACAACAUUCAAUCGUUAUCAAAUCAACUUCAACGCGCACCUGCCAUGACAAAUUUUAUUCCGACACAAAACGGACAAUCACCACCUCCACCACCACCACAUAUGAAUGGAAAUGAUGUUGAUCAAAACUUUCCAGCGAUGAAUUCAGCUGAUGCGUAUGAUAUGAGUUCGUUUCAACAAAUCAUGGACAUGAUGAGAAAUGUUUCAAGCGAUGGUGUCAAACGUGUUUAUAGUGAUGAUAGUGGAAUGGGAAGUAUACUUGAUACCGAAAGUUUAAUAUCGGUUGGCGGCGGUUGCGGCGGCCCAUCAUCAUCGUCGGCUGGCCUAUUUGGUUCACCACGUGCAAUGUCAAUGGAUAUGAAUAAAGAAGAACGUUUUUCACGUAAAGUUUUCGUUGGGGGUUUGCCACCGGAUAUUGAUGAAGAGGAAAUCAUUGCUCAUUUUCAACGCUUUGGCCCUUUGAUUGUUGACUGGCCACACAAACAAGAGAGCAAAUCUUAUUUUCCUCCAAAAGGUUAUGCCUUUCUAAUUUUUACCUAUGAACGUUCAGUACAAGAACUCAUCGACGAAUGUGUUAUCGAUGAUUCCAAACUUUAUAUGUGUGUUUCGAGUCCAAGUAUGAAAGACAAAGCUGUACAAAUACGCCCAUGGCUUUUAGCUGAUUCGGACUUCGUUAUGGAUGGUUCGCAACCAUUAGAUCCAAGAAAAACCAUUUUUGUCGGUGGUGUUCCUCGACCAUUGCGAGCUGUCGAACUAGCGAUGAUUAUGGAUCGCUUAUAUGGUGGCGUCUGCUAUGCCGGUAUUGAUACGGAUCCUGAAUUGAAAUAUCCAAAAGGUGCCGGUCGUGUCGCAUUUUCCAAUCAACAAAGCUACAUUGCAGCUAUAUCGGCUCGUUUUGUACAACUACAACAUGGAGAGAUUGAUAAACGAGUGGAAGUUAAACCAUAUGUUCUCGAUGACCAAUUAUGCGAUGAAUGUGCUGGUGCACGUUGCGGUGGCAAAUUUGCUCCAUUCUUCUGUGCUAAUGUAACAUGUUUACAAUAUUAUUGUGAAACAUGUUGGGCAUCUAUUCAUGCACGCGCCGGUCGUGAAUAUCACAAACCACUGGUUAAAGAAGGAGCUGAUCGUCCACGCACAUUACCAUUUCGUUGGUAA